AUGACAUAUGCAGUAUAUAAUCAGGAUAGUUUAGUAGCAAUUAGACUGGCAAUAGGCAACUUGAGUGUCAGCACCUUGAACAGCCUCAGAGUUGCACGUGAUUGGUAAUUAUGUGUGUAUGAUUAAGCUGUAAAUAUAUUUCACAUAGGAAGAAAUAAUUUUCUGAUUAUCAGUACGAUAUUCUUUUACAAAAUAUACCAAUUAAACAAAUAGAAUGCCAGUUUGGAAAGUGGGAAAAAUGUAUCAGUUAAAAAAAAGUAGAACUUUCACAAAAUGAUGGACGAAUCACUGGGAACACGAUAAUACUGAUGAAGGAUAGUAUACAUGGAAACAAAUUGAACCAACUUGAUUCAAAAAAUUUUUUAAUUCAAUCAUUAUUACUAUCAGAAUUUAACUAAAACGAUCAUUUGCUUGAGUUUGGAUUUCGAGCGUCAACUAAUUUAUUGGAAGAUUUAUGAUAUAUUUAAAAGAUUAUUUUAAGAUUAUUACGUGCAUGCUGUACACAAUGUACGUUAUCCUAUGUAUAUUAUAAAACUAUUAAUCCUCGAUCAAUGAAUAAUUUUAUAACAUAUUAAUAUGCAUGGCUGUAUCUUUCUUUUUCCAUAUAGUUGGUAGCAAAUUUUUAUAUUAGAUCCUUCUCUCUUGAAUAUUUUAAUAUUACAUAUCAUUUUAGAAUAAUUGAAGAACAAACGUAUUUACAAGUAUUAUUAUUACAUUCUUAUCAACGUAAAUUUAUUUUAUAAUUGCGAGUAAUACUUUGAAAAUUUUUGCAUUAGAUUCUUCUUUUUUUUUGCAUAUUUUAGCAUUUCUUACUCUAGUGUAUUAUUUUAUUCCCCUCGGAUGUAAUUUUUUACUAAGUUGCUUCUGAAGAUUUGAUUACCAAAAAAGUGUAUAGUUCCCUUUUAGUUCCCUAAAGUAAAUUUAAUCAAAUAAUAAUUAUAAUAUUAUAAUUUAUAAUUUAUAUAUUAUAUAUUUUAAUAAUUUAUAAUAUUAUAUAUAAUUUUCAAUAAUUAAAGAAAUAAUAGCAUACAGCAUAACAUUUAAACAGUAUAUACUAUGCCAAAAGUUAUUUAUAAUUUUAUAUCAAAAUUUAAUUUUAAUUCUAACCAGUAGAGAUAUUGUAACCUUGUAAUUGACUAACAUUGACACUGUUAUUUUAAUAAUUGACAUUAUUAUGUAUUGUAUAUAUGUGUUUCAUUAUAUAUGCUUUUACAUACAUACUUCUGUUAUAACAUUUUCUACUUAUAUGUUAAUUCUUUAGCUACAUGCUGCGUAAUUCUUAACAAUUCUAAUAUUAAACUCAGCAAUAAUUUAUUAAAAAUGUACGUAUUUAAUAACUGAAAUAAUAAUUUUACUGUGUAAUAUAGUAGAAUUUUUCAUUUCUUAGAUAAAGUAAGGCGUAGAAAGCUUGAAACUCGUAGUUCAAAACAAACAUAACGCUUAUAUGUGUAUGUAAGACUCUUGUUAUUAAUUUUCGAGUCUGUUCGUUCAAAAUCACCUCAUCCCCUUCCAUGUUCUAAAUUGUCGCGAAGAGUCAUUCGGCAGUCGAAUCUCGUGAUAACAACACGUAUUACGUCGCGUUAGCUUCGUAAUCUUUUCUAAUCUAUCUGUAGCGUCUCUUUGAUGGCGUCGCUUCUUCAACACUCUUUUACUUCCAUUUAUGCUUCAUUAGUAGUAUUAUUUAAUUAAUACAUGUUUAAUGAUUCAUUGAGUGUUACGACAAUGAGAUCGUGUAGUGAUUUGAACCUUUUCGUGGCAAUUUUUCCCCAAUCGUCGAUUUCACUCAAACGAUUACCGGCAGAUCAUCUCGUACGUCUUCUUAAUAGAAUUUGAAGCUGAUUAUCGUUUCAUUUUUACGCGUUUGCUUUCAUAUGACACAUUUUUGUUCUAACUUUUGGUUUUUUUAUGCAGGUUGUUCCUUGAUUGUAGAGAUAGCAUCGAACACAGACGCCACUGUUAACAUUACGUUUGAAAUGCGCGCUUAUUGGGUUUAAAUUAGUUGAAGAUUACAGCGCCACUUUGCGGUAAAAUAUGCAAUACACUUCCUACGAUUCUCGAAGGUAAUCGAUAUUUCUCAUGAUCGAUUUUUGCAGGAAAGUAGACCUUUAAUGGCGGAAAGAAGGACAUCUCAACUGUAAAGAAGGAAAGGUUAUCCAGAUAAAUCAUUCAGAAAGAAGUGUCAUCCAGCAGUUCUCAGAUAAAAAUUUAAAUCAGUAGCUGUUAGAUAUGUGUUUGCGUUGUGAAUUUUUAAGAUAAAACUUGCAGUUCUGGCUUCAACUCAAGGUAAGAUUUAACCAAAUAAUUAUUACAUAUAAUUUUCAACAAUUAAAGAAAUAAUAGUAUAUAAACAUUUAAACAGAACAUACCAAGCUAAAAGUUAUUUAUAAUUUUAUACCAAAAUUUAAUUUCAAUUCUAACAGUACAAAUAUUGUGACCUGGUAAUAUGACUGUAUAUAAUAUAAUAUUUCUAUUGUAACAUUUUCUAUUCAUUUGUUGAUUCUUCAACUUCACGUACUACUAAUUUUUAACAAUUUUAAUACUAAAUUCAUCAAUAAUUUAUUAAAGAUGCAUUCCAAUACUAAAUUUGUCAAUAAUUUAUUAAGGAUGUAUGUAUUUAAUAAUUAAAAUAAUAAUUUUACUACGUAAUAUAAUAAAAUUUCUCAGUUUAAAGUAUUGAAAAUUUUCUAUCAAGUGUGUGAACAGUUUCGUCCUUUUUUAAGAAUUUCUCAUGAAUUUUGUGUAUUUGAUUUAGACCAGAGUUUUUUAUUCUUUAUUCCAAGUCAAUAUUUCGUUUGAAAUGCGCGCGUAUAGUAAAAUUAGUUGAGAUUACAGCGCCACUACUCGGCGAAAUAGGCAAUACACUUCCUACGAUUCUCGAACGUAAUCGAUAUUUCUCGAUUUUUAAGCGGGAUAGAAGGCCUUUAAUGGCGGAAAGAAGUACAGUUCAUCUGUAAAGAAGGAAGUAUCAUCCAGAAAAAUCAUCCAGAAAGAAGUGUCAUUCAGAAGUUCUAAGAAAGACUCGAGCUAGUUGUAAGUUUCAGCGGGCAUUGCGCUCGAAGGAAAAAGAGGCUGAAAGCCGAAGAGGCCCGGCAAACUGCCACGAAGAGGGUCACAACAAAUGACUUCUCAUCCUCUAGAUCAUUUAAAUGA